AGGCCACGUGAGCACGGGCUGCAGAGCAAGGCUGCGACAGUCUGCGCUGGGGCUGGUCUGGGCUUGCAGACCCGAGCCCUGCAGAACAACCCGGGUGGUGCGGGCGAGCUGAAGAAAGGGGACCUUUGUGCCUUUUUGAGGGAAGCAUACAUUUUUGCAAGGCGGUGGAAACAAAGAGAGGAACUGUAGCCCUAGUCCAGACGUCCCAAGCAAACAAGCAAGACCUCGCAGGACAACGCAACACCUGGGCCACUCAGCAGUGAGUUCACGGAGGUCCUGAGAAGCCUGAGUUCAGGGAUCAGUCCACAAAGAAACAUGUUUGAACUCUGGCCCCAGAAUCACCUUGUGGGGAAAGGGACAAGAUCCUCUGUGGCCCAUGCAGGGAUGACCUUCACACGCCACCUGAAGUCCCGCCUUCCCUCUGCUGGGAGGAGUUUGAUUCUACAGAAGAAACCAAACAUCAGACACGUGUCCAGCAUGGCUAGGGGGCUCCAGCCAGCCAGUGUGGUGGUCCUGCCCAGGUCCCUUGCUCCGGCCUUUGAAAAGUUCUGCCAGGUCAACAGUGGCCCUCUGCCGCUGCUGGGCCAAAGUGAGCCAGGCACGUGGACGUUGCCUGCCCUGGAUGCUGUCCCAGGUACCAGGACGGGCUGUCCCCAGUUCUGGAAGUAUGAGUUCGGCACCUGCACGGGCAGCCUGACCUCGCUGGACGAGUCCUCGGAGCAGCUGAAGGACAUGGUGGCCUUCCUCCUGGGCAGCAGCUUCUCCCUGGAAGGGGCCUGGGAGAAGGGGGGACUCCCCAGAAGGGACUCAGCAGGCCACGGCCACAUGGGUGCAUACAAGACAGAGGUGCCUUGUGUCACCAUUGCUGGCUUUUGCUGCCCUCUGGUGGUCACAAUGAGGCCCGUUCCCAAGGGCAAACUGGAACGGCUGGUGCGGGCCUGUUGCUCCCUGGGGGGUGAGCACGGACAGCCGGUUCACAUUGGCGACCCAGAACCGUUGGGUAUCAAAGAUCUUUCCAAACCUGACUUCGGGGAGCCUGUAGUGUGUCAGCCAGGGCAUGUUCCAGUGUUCUGGCCUUCUCAGCUGACCAGUCUCGAAGCUGUCAGCGCCUGCAGGAUGCCACUGGCUUUCACCAGCGCACUGGGUUGCACAGUUAUGACUGACCUGAAGGGUACAGCGGCUCCGGCCAGAUGUCUCACCCCUGAGGGAAUGCCAGAGGUCCAUCACAUUUCCCAGGAUCCUUUGCACUGCAGCAUGGCAUCAGCUUCAGUCGCUCAGAAGAUCAGAGAACUGGAGAUUAUAAUUGCCAUCGACCCAGGCAGCCGGGGGAUCGGGCACCUGCUCCGUCCAGGUGAGCUGCUGCGGGCCUCCCUGUCUCUGUCCCACGCCCGCUCCGUGCUCCUCACCACCGGCUUCCCCACGCAUCUCAACCACGAGCCUCCGGAAGAGACGGACGGCCCGCUGGGAGCCGUGGCUCUGGCUGCCUUCCUGCAGGCCUUGAAGAAGCGGGUCUCCAUGGUCGUUGACCAGAAAGCCUUGAAUUUGCACAAGAAGCUUGUUGACGAGGCUGUACAGCGAGGUGUUCUGAAGAGGCAGAUCCCAAUAUUAACUUACCAAGGCCGAUCGGAAGCUGCUCAGGCGUUUCUAUGCAGAGAUGGGAACCCCAAGUCUCCCAGGUUUGACCAUCUGGUGGCGAUCGAGCGUGCGGGAAGGGCUGCCGAUGGCAAUUACUACACAAGGAAGAGGAACAUCAAGCAUGUGGUGGACCCCAUUGACGAUCUUUUCCUUGCAGUGCAGAAGAUUCCUGGAAUCUCAUCACCUGGGGUCGGUGACGGAGGCAACGAGCUUGGGAUGGGCAAAGUCAAGGAAGCCGUGAAGAGACACAUACGAAAUGGGGACAUCAUUGCCUGUGACGUGGAGACUGACUUUGCGGUCAUCGCUGGCGUUUCUAACUGAGGAGGUUAUGCCUUGGCCUGUGUGCUGUACAUCCUGAACUCAUGUGAGGUCCACAGACGUUAUCUGAGGAAGGCAAUUGGGCCCUUCAGAGCACCUGGAGAACAGAACUGGACUCAGGCCCUCCCAUCCAUCACUAAGGAAGAAAAAAUGUUGGGCAUCCUGGUGCAGCAUGGAGUCCGGAGCGGAGUCUCGGGCACCCUAGGCAUGGGUGACGGGCCGCCCUUCCAUGGCACUCACGCCCAGAUGAUCCAGAAGCUGGUAGACAUCACCAUGGUGCAAGGGUGACCGUGCACAUUACAGGCAUGGGGGGGUGUGUACUAGACUGAUCUAGGGAGGAGUUCCCUGAGGGCCCUGGCUUUCUUCUACCACAGCCUUGCAAAUAAACACUGGCCCUGGGUGAGCAAC